AUGGUGGUUGCGUCCAUUCGUCUUCUUCCUUCUCCAUUCAUCAUCUCUUACGCUCCUCGUCGCUUUCCAUAUUCAUGGCGCUCUCGUCCCUCUUCCACCAUUGCCUUCUCUACCAUCCACUCCAAAGUUUCUAAGGAAGAUGGCGGAGUGGAACUGGGUGGUGAUCAAAGACAAACGGAAAUUAUUUUUUUGGGGACUGGAACCAGUGAAGGGGUUCCUCGUGUUAGUUGCUUGACUAACCCUUUAAAUAAAUGUGAGGUGUGCUCGAAAGCAGCCGAACCGGGUAAUAAGAAUAGGAGACUUAACACAAGCAUCCUCAUUCGUCACCCCAAUUCUUCAGGAACACAGAAUAUUCUUAUAGAUGCGGGAAAGAUAAGAACAAUUGAUGCGGUUAUUAUUACUCAUUCACAUGCUGAUGCAAUUGGAGGUCUUGAUGAUCUUAGAGAUUGGACAAACAAUGUUCAGCCUCAUAUUCCAAUAUAUGUAGCCAAGCGAGACUUUGAGGUGAUGACAAAGACCCAUUAUUAUUUAGUAGAUACGAGUGUUAUCAUACCUGGUGCCAAAGUCUCAGAGUUGCAAUUCAAAAUCAUAUCGGAAGAAUCAUUUUUUGUACAUGGACUGAAGGAUGCUUUAAGACCUGAUCGCUCUACUUCCACACAUUUUGGACUUCCAAGAGCAUUGGAGGAAGUGCGAAAGAUUCAACCCAAAAGAACACUUUUUACUGGUAUGAUGCAUCUGAUGGAUCAUGAAGAAGUGAAUGACUACCUUGCGAGAUUAUUGGAGUCUGAGGGCCUUGAUGCACAACUGAGCUAUGAUGGUCUUCGUAUCCCAGUCAGACUCUAG